AUGGAACACGAAAAGAACCCGCCCACCCCUGACGGCUCUGACGAUAGAAUCGAGGAUGCCGACGCCUACCGUGUGGAUACUCACGAUCCAGGAAGGACAGAUCACCGUGCCGACGACGACAGAGCGGAUAUCGCUCGUGGGCGCAAUGCAGACAAGAUUGGGAGAGAAUACUGGCUCUCGGUGAACUUCAUUGGAACGCUCUUUGCUGUGGGGUGGGUGAACACUCUCGCGCUUUUGCCGUUGAGGUUGUUCUUUGCUGACUUGGUGUAUCUUAUAGCUUGGCUUUCAUGGGAGGAAUCGGAGGUCAGUCAAGCGCGCGCGCGAGCGACCAACUUGUGCUGUUCUAGCAGGUGCUGACCACGAGUGUUGCAGGUUUCGGAUUGAUCGCUCCCAUUCUCAACACGAUCAACGAAGACAUCGGUCCUUCGCCCAACAUCAAUUGGGUAUCGCUCGCAAAUAUCGCCUGUGGUGCUGUCUUCUUCCUGCUCGUUGGUUCAUUGUCGGAUAUUCUGGGCAGAAGAUGGUGAGAUUUGGAGAAUCUACGAGGAUUCGGCAGCAGUGGAAGUCUGACAAGCAACUCAGGUUCUUCGUCUUUGGAUCGUGUCUGGCUUUGAUUGGCAGUAUUGUCGGUGCUACUGCCCAGAGCGUGAAUACCCUCAUCGCUUCCCAAGUGUUGAUUGGUAUCGCUGUUGCUUUCCAGCAGUCGUUCUUCUGUAAGUUGUCGAAUCGUCUCGCCGUGAGAGCAGCUGCUAAUGGCCUCGUCUUUGCAGGGGUUGUGGCCGAGAUUGUACCCAUGAAGUACAGGUCAGUCGUGUCGAAUGCUGUCCACGGCUAUUACGGGCCACGACUGACACAGAUUUCUGCUCAGAUACCUCGCCAACUCCUACUGUUACCUGAUGUCAACGCCAUCAAGUCCUCUGGCCGCUCGCGUGGCCUACUCGUUCCUUAAUUACCCGGGUGGAUGGCGUAACUCGUACUACUUCCUGAUCGCCAUCAAUGGAUCUAGCAUGAUCGCAUGGUAUCUCUUCUACCGUAAGGAGUUCACAUGGCAGCUGGUAGUUCCGUUACUGACACCUUGCCGUUCAGAUCCCCCGACGUUUAGCAUGCUGCACAGAAAGCGAAUGGCAAGAGAUCUUAUCCUGCACUUUGAUUGGAUUGGCUUCUGCUUGUACAGCGGCGGACUUCUUCUGUUCAUCUUCGGCAUCAACUGGGGAGGUGUUCUGUAAGUAUCAUCUUCGCGAGGUCCAUGGCCUUUCCGCGCAUCCGCAACAUCAGCCUGUUAUCCAUGGACCCGAGCUGACUGGACUGUAGCUACCCAUGGGCCUCAGGUCAUGUAAUCGCCACGAUGGUGAUCGGAGGUGUCACACUGGCAGGUAUUCUGCCCGCUUAUGAGAUCUGGAUCACCAAGCGUGGAAAGCAAUCAUACCUACCGAUCCAUCUAUUCAAGAAUAGGAGUAUGUGUCUUCAAUGCAACACCAAAGACGUAGCACACGCGGUGACUGACUUGACCUUUUUUUUUUUGCAGGAUUCAUGGCCGCUGCGGUCAACAAUGGUCUCGCAGCCGGCGUGUACUACGGCUUCUCCCUCGUGUUCCCAAUGGUAGUGACAAACCUCUACUAUGCUCGGGGCGAGAUCAGCAUGUACGACGUCGGUACACAGGCCGGUCUCGCACCGAUGGGAUUCGUGUUCGCUCAAGUCUGUCACGGAUUUGUAGAAUGGGUGACGGGCCCCAAAUGGGGAAUGAUCGGUCCGUCAACCUCGUCGUCAAUUUUGGAAAUGACUGCUAACGAUCGUAGGCUCCUCGAUCAUCGGUGCAGCCUUCCUCACCUCCGUGUCUGCCAACCUCGACGACCGCGUUCAGACCGAAGCAAUCCUGGUCAUUGGUGCUUUCGCCAUGGGUCUCGUUGAAGGUCUUGCAACAACCACCGCGACAUUUCCACUUCGCUCGCAAGAAGAAAUCGGACAAGGCGGUGGACUCACUGGCUCGAUGCGGAAUUUCGUUUCCGCCAUCGCGACUGCAGUCUAUACCGCGACCCUCAACAAUCGCUUGACGCAGACGACAGCGGAGUACGUCAACCCCGUGGCCACCCAGAUGGGCCUGUCGCAAAGCGCCCUGCCCGCUCUGGCCAAUGCGCUUGGAAACAAGGCUCCCUUUAGUUCCGUGCCCGGGAUCACGCCCGCCAUCCAAGCCGCAGUCCAGGAGCCCUAUCGAAAUGCUUUCCGGGACGCUGCCAAGACGGUUUUCCUGGUGUCACUGGCGUUCUCCGGCUCGGCCGUCAUCCUUUCCUUCUUCACCACGAACAACGACCAGGCCACGAUGAAUUAUGUGGCCGGCGCGAUCCACGGAGGCAAGACGGAGAAGGCGUAUAAUGCGGAGAUCAAGGAGAAGAAGAGGUCCGAUGGGGACGGUCCGGAGGCUAAGGCUUAG